UCACCACUGUGGCAGUGACAGUUUUUGUCCUUUGAUGAGCACAAUGUAUAACUGCAGAGCUUUACAGUUCAGAAGCCUAUAGGAAAGUGGAUAAAAACCAUAGUGAAACAUAAUGAGGACCAGCUGCUAUUUGAUUUGGACGUUCAUCCUCACAUUGAUGAUCCAUACUGCCCAUCAAAAGGUGAUGUUCGUGAAGAGGACAGAAGGGCAGUCAGUGGAUAUAACCUGUACAUCUAAGAGAAAUGGAGCCCCUGUCAAUCUCUUCCUGACCCACACAUUUGUCCAUCCUAAGAAGCAAGUUCUGUUCAUGGCCAAUGAUGGGAGUCCAAAGAUUGUUAGGGUAAACCAACAGUAUGAAGGUCGUCUCAAGAUCACAGGUAGAUUGAACUCUGACCCACUCAACGUGACUAUAAGCACCCUGAAUCCCAUGGAUACAGGCCUGUAUGUCUGUGAGUUUUUCUACACAGCUGACCCCUUUCACCAAGAAGUUUACUACAGUCAGGAACACUUCUUGUUUGUUGAAGGGACAGAGAAUGUCUGCCGAUGCUCCAGAUACCCUCUAGUGUUGUAUGCCAUCUCUGCAGCAGCCGCUCUGCUUAUCCUCAUCCUCAUCUGGCUGUGUACAGUGCAGUGUGUUAAACGAAGAAAACGUCGAAAACCCAAAACUCCCAUCCCCAUUUAUGAGGAAAUGAACAGUGGGUGUGAGGGUGGCGGAAGUCCCAAAAAUAACCACCCGGUCUCUUCACACCUGGAGGAAACAAACUCCCAUGUGUAUGCCAACUAUCAGGCUAAGCAACCCCAGGAGAACUACUACGCCAGCCCCCGGAAGAUCAUCAUGCCCUUAACACUCGAUGGUAGACUAAUAUCUACAAUGGAAAACUAUUUUGUUACAAAGGUUCCAGAGGGUGACGUCUCUGACUAA